GGAAGAUCUGUGUGAGCUUCAUUCCGCAUUUUGCUGCAGGCCGGCGCUGCCUCUCGUCUCUCUAGAACAAGCUCGCCCACCAUGGCGCGCGCUCAGUCGCAACUGACGUGGCUGCUGCUAGCGGCGCUGUUGCUAUCGGCGACGUGCAAGGCGCUGAUGCCCAUCACGAACGCGCUGCAUCGCGCCCGCCAGAACCUCACGGACUUCCAGCGGCAAUGGAUUGAUCCGGACACUGAUCCCAAAUUCUACAACAUAUCGGUGCCCAAGGGCGCCUUCAACUUCGGCGGUAACUCGAGUUACAACAUUGAGUACAAGCUCAUCUUCUCGGACGAGUUCAACAGUUCCAAACGCACGUUCGAGGCUGGCUUCGACUCAAAAUGGACAGCAGUCAACAUCCGCGACACCACCAACAUGGGGCAGCACUACUUCCUGCCUCAAGCAGUGCAGAUCGACAAGGGCAACCUCAUCAUCACCACCUCCAAGCCUAAGCAACGCUACCGUGGCACCAAGUAUGUCAGCGGUAGCGUGCAGACGUGGAACAAGUUCUGCUACACCGGCGGAUUCGUCGAGGUCAGGGCCAUCCUACCUGGCAAGUGGGGCAUCCCCGGCACGUGGCCUGCAAUCUGGAUCAUGGGUAACAUUGGCCGUGCGCCGUUCCUUGGCUCACAAGAUGGUACGUGGCCUUGGAGCUUCGAUGUCUGCGCCCCUUACGUGGAGAAGGUCGAGAAAGUCAAACAGAAGAUCAACGCCUGUGGCAAUCUGACCAACAAACACGACAAGGAGUCAUAUCCGGAGAUGUACGGCUUGAAUCCCUUCCAGGGCCGUGGUGCCACGGAAAUUGAUGUGAUUGAAGCGCAGAUUCGUGCUCGUGAUCAGCCGGCGUAUAUUUCCACGUCAUUGCAGAUUCGUCCCAGUCUGUACGACGAUAUGCGUCCGGCUUCAGAGACGCUUCCUGGUCCUGGACAAUGGUACCAGGGCCUCAAGUUUGGCGAAUUCACGCGUAUUAACAGCGACUACUACGGUGAGAUGGGUCUCGACUCCAUUUCGGCUCUGACGCAGCUUGAAUCCAACGCGUUUAAGGCGUACCACUUAUAUCGCCUGGACUGGUCGCCCGGUCCCGAAGGUUACAUUCGUUGGUGGCUGGACAACAACUUUCUGUUCGAAAUCCCUGGUUCCUCGCUGAACAAGUGGGUAGGCGAUGUCCCUCCUCGUCAGAUCCCUGUGGAGCCCAGUUACCUCAUUCUGAGUACAGCCGUCUCGGAGAAGUUCUCCCCGCCGUGCGACGGUCAAAUUUGCGACUCGUUGUGGCCCUCAAACUUCACGAUCGACUACGUGCGUGUCUACCAAGGCAACGCGAACCGGUACACGUCAGUGGGAUGCAGUCCGGAAGCGUAUCCGACGACUGAUUGGAUUUAUGCCCACCCAGUGGAGUACGGCCUCCCGUGGUACGUUUCGCUACGCGUGGAUAUUGGUCUCCUGCAAGUUUUUGCAGUGAUUAAUGCGUUGCUGGGUCUCUUCAUGGCGUUCCGGGGAACAUCUCAUCCAAAGAUAAUGUCGGCUUACGCAAGCUCGCUGUGGCUGACUGCUUCGUUUUACGGAGCUCUUAGUUCUAGUGCUCCAGAGGACAUUGCUUGGAUCCAAACCGCGCUUGCAUGCCUGUGCGGAGUGGUCCUUGGCGGCCUCUGCUGUUUGGUGUACCCGGUUUCUCUUGGAGCGAUGCUUGGACUGUACGGCGGUGUGAUGAUUAGCCAAUUCGUGCCUCUGCUGUCUACGAGAGUGAUUACAGCGGUGCUGGUUAGUGUGGGUAUCGCUCUGGGAUCAGCUCCGCAGAUUGACACUAAGCACGUCGUGAUUAUCUCGACCUCGUGGCUUGGUAGUUUGGCGUUUUUGCUGUCGAUCUCGCUGUGGGUGAGUGAAGGUGACAUUGCCGAGAAUGCGUGGAAUCUCGCUGGUUUCAUCUUCAAUGGUGAUAACGACGACCACGUGGGCUUCUGCACGGAACAUUGCCUGACGAUGUAUGUUCUGCUAGUCGUGCUGAGUGCAGUCAGCACUACGUAUGGAUACCUCCGUAUGCGUGGUAUGUCGCUGCGCAAGAACACGCGUAAGGCCAAAUUCCCAGCAGUAUCUGCAAGUUCUGACGCACGGGCUUGGAGACCUGAUGAUGAUGAGGGAAUGGAGAAGAGCACAAUCAACUUCUUUUCACCGUCGAAGCUGCCGCAGAACAUGCAGCAGUUUAGCACCAUUUUUCGCAUUGCUGUGAACGUACAGCGCUCGUUUGGCUUCCAACUUGACAACUUCCGCAACCAGACGGAGCAUAUUGUGGUGCUUCUCACCAACAACACGCGUAAGAGUGGCAAUCCAUACCGCAAGCUGCACGAUUUGGUGUUUUCCAACUACAACAACUGGUGCUCGAAGCUUAGGAUCCAACCACUAAACUGGAGUGAGGAGCGGGCGCCUCAGGGUGGUCUCACGGGUUUGGACGAGAUGUCGGUGGACCUGUGUCUGUUUUUCUUCAUCUGGGGUGAGGCCAGCAACCUGCGUCAUUCACCUGAAUUCCUGUGCUUCCUGUUCCACAAGAUGAAAGAGGAAUUCCCGUCCGUUCGUCACUCAGAGCGCGAAGCUGGAUACUUUUUGGACACGGUGGUAACACCUGUCUACGGGUUGCUGAAGGCUGAAAUGACCUCGAAGCACGACCAUGAAGAUCGCCACAACUACGAUGACUUCAACGAGUUCUUUUGGACGAAGUCGUGCUUGAAGUACGACUACAAGCACGAAGAGGUCAUUGAUAUGACGUCUCCCAACCCGGCUAUGAUCUACAAACAGAAGCAGCAACAACGUCAGGGUCAGGGGCUAGCUGGUCUGGCUGGUCUUGGUGGGCGAGGUGGGCUCAACGGUGGCUCGAAUAGCUCGACGUUUUACAACAAGCGUAAAAGUAUUGCUGAGGGGUUCACCGAGUCGGCGAAGACUUUCGUAGAGAAGCGGACGUGGCUGCUGCCUCUUCGCGCUUUCAACCGCAUCUUCAACUUCCACGUGAUCGCGUUCCACUUCCUGGCAGCGCUUGCGUUCGCGAAUGAGCAAGAGAUGAAUUUCCUGGACUCCUGCAAGAUUAUUUCGAGCACCCUGAUCACUCCUUUCUUGCUGGACAUUCUCCGCGAUGGACUCGAUAUCUUCGCUGUAUACGACGAGCACCAGAAGUUGUUCUCGACGGCGCGUAACAUUUUGCGUGUGUUCCUGCACCUGGGGCUUGCGGUGGUGACUUCAAUACUGUACUGGUAUGCGUGGGCUUACGGUGGUGCGUGGUGGCAGACGUACUACGUGACCGCAGUGCUUUUCCACGUGCCAGGUCUGAUUAACUGCGUCAUGCAGGUAAUGCCUGGUCUUACCAACUGGACCCGACGCACGACGUUUGCUCCUGUCGCAUUUAUCCGUGACAUUAUGAGUCCGAUGAACCGCCUGUAUGUUGGUGACAACGUGCUGGACCCGGAAUCGAUGAGUGUGGGCUAUCAGUGCUUCUGGAUGUCGCAGCUGGCUUGGAAGUUAUACUUCAGCUACAAGUUUGAAAUCUACCCGCUUGUGGUCCCGAGCUUUUUGCUGUAUGCUGACCACGUGGAGAACAAGGUGAGCAUGAUUACGACGGUGUUCCUUAUCUUCCUGAACUGGAUGCCGUUCUUCUUGGUGUUCUGCGUUGAUAUUACGAUUUGGAAUUCGAUCUGGAUGGCGUUCACGGGUACUUUUGUCGGCUUUUCAUCACACAUUGGCGAGAUUCGCAAUUUCACUCGUGUUCGCUCUGCGUUUAGCCGUGCUGUGGAUGCUUUUAACGCUAAGGUGAUCGCACGAAGCUCCAAGACGGGACUCCAACUUUCGGACAGCAAUGGUAUGUCGUACGGCUCGACAGCCUUGGGACGUGAAGUGCUCGAUCGUGUUGCGGGUGGUGCGGAUCCGACGGCCCGAAUCCUGUCCCAGCGUCGUACUUCGGCUCAUGAUGACGAGACUCCGUUGCUGUCUUUCUCACGUCGUAAGCAGACGCCUAUGGAGCGCCAAGCUGCACGUCGUCGCAAGUGGUUCUCAUUUUCGGUGGCUUGGGACACAAUCAUCGAUAGUAUGCGCGCGGACGAUUUGAUCUCGAACAAAGAGAAAUCUCUGCUUCAAUUUCACCGGCUGGACGGCUACCAGCGUGAGAUUUACCUGCCGCAGUUCCAGCUUGCUGGUUGCUUUGAGAACUUCACGUCGAAUAUUCUUGACAUUUAUUCAUCUAAUGACGGCAAUGUCUCAGAGCGUGUUCUGCAAGACAAGCUGCUGGAAAUCCUCAGUGAUAACCCAAUGGUGGAGGAGUCUCUCGAAGAGAUCUGGGAGCUUGCGAACUGGGUGCUGGUCAAUGUGCUUGGUCCCUGCCACGCGAAUGAUGUGAAGUACAUUACAAGUGUGCUCAACUCCUGGGCGGCACGUGGUGUAUUCCGUGCGCUUAACUUGCAAAAGGUGGCUCCGUGUGGCCGCGCUUUGGCGGGAUUGAUCUCCCUUUUGAAGACCAACGUCCGUGGCUGGAAGAACAACGCCAAGGUUAUCCCUGUGCGCAAGGAUCCUUCCGAUUACGCAUCGUAUGAAUUCCCGCAACAGUCUAGCUCCUACCGACCAUCGUCGGGAAUGACGAAGUCUGCAAGUACGACGGGAUUGUCGUCGCUUGGUCUCGAACCUCCUCGCCGUAGUCGUGGUUCUGGAGUCGCUCGUAUUGCACGUAUGCAGCAGCAGACGCACAAGCCGGCCACCAACAAUGGCAAGGCCACGCACUCCAUCUCGAGCUCUCACAUCAUGCAGAUUCGUGAGCGUGUGCGUACGUUCUUGAACCUCGGAAAGGAGAUUCUGGCACAUGUCCACGAACAAGACCCCGUGUUCGCUGAAAGCAAGGGCAUUUCGGACCGGUUGACGUGGAUCCUGACACAGGAGCGUGGUUUCAUGUGGGACGACAACUACACUGGAGAGCAGAUCACGCUUACAGCGUUUGAAAGCCACACCGACGUGGUGCUAUCCCACCUACACGGACUUUUGACCUUGCAGAAGAUUGAUGCGGAGCCACAGUCGUACGAUGCACGCCGCCGCUUGCUGUUCUUUGUGAACUCGCUCUUCAUGGACAUGCCACUGGCGCCGCUGCUUGAGGAAAUGAAGUCGUGGAGCGUCAUGACUCCGUUCUAUGCCGAAGAUGUUUUGUACUCCAGAAAAGAUCUGGAAAGCAAGCAAGAUGGUCUGGACGUGCACACGCUGUUGUUCUUGCAGACGCUGUACAAGCGAGACUGGGAGAAUUUCUUGGAGCGAGUGAAGCCAAAGAAGAACAUUUGGAAGAACCCGGAGACUGCAAUCGAGCUGCGCAUGUGGGCGUCUCUGCGUGGCCAAACACUGUCGCGUACGGUGCAAGGAAUGAUGUACGGUGAAGCUGCGAUUCGUCUGCUUGCUGAGAUCGAACAAGUUCCGCAGCAGAAGCUUGAGGAGCUGAUCAACACCAAGUUCACGUACGUUGUCGCCUGUCAGAUUUAUGGACGUCAGAAAAAGAACAACGACCCGAAGGCGAGCGAUAUCGAGUUUUUGCUGCACCGGUUCCCUAACCUUCGCGUAGCUUACAUCGACGAGGUCCGUGUGAACUACCAGAAGGAGCAGUCGUACUUCUCGGUGCUGAUCAAGGGCGGUGAGGAACUUGGCUCGGUUCAUGAGAUCUACCGUGUGCGUCUGCCUGGCAAUCCCAUCUUAGGUGAGGGCAAGCCUGAGAACCAGAACGCAGCUAUCGUGUUUACGCGCGGUGAGACCCUUCAGACCAUCGAUAUGAACCAAGACGGAUAUCUUGAGGAGAAUUUGAAAAUGCGAAACCUACUGGAAGAGUUUGACAAGGGUACAGCGGACCGGCCGUAUACGAUUGUGGGUAUUCCGGAGCACAUUUUCACGGGUAGUGUGAGUUCGCUGGCAAAUUAUAUGGCGUUGCAGGAGACAUCGUUUGUGACACUGAGUCAGCGAACGUUGGCGCGUCCACUGCGUAGCCGUCUGCACUACGGUCACCCCGAUGUGUUCAACAAGCUCUUCUUCAUUACACGUGGUGGUAUCAGCAAGGCCAGCAAGGGCAUCAAUCUCAGUGAAGAUAUCUUCGCUGGCUACAACAAUUGCAUGCGGGGCGGAUCUGUGACCUUCCCGGAGUACACGAAGUGCGGCAAGGGACGUGAUGUUGGUAUGCAGCAGAUCUACAAGUUUGAGGCUAAGUUGGCGCAGGGUGCUGCGGAGCAGUCACUGUCGCGUGAUGUGUAUCGCAUUAGCCAACGUCUCGACUUCUUCAAGCUGCUAUCAUUCUACUACAAUCACGUGGGCUUCUACCUGUCGAUGUCGAUCAUCAUCUGGACAGUGUACAUCCUGCUGUAUUGCAACCUGCUUCGAUCGUUGCUUUCGGUGGAGGGUGUUGGCGGUAGGGAGCCAGUGUUGUUGAGCAAGUUGCAGUUGAUGCUCGGAUCUGUCGCGUUCUUCACUACUGCGCCGCUGCUGGCGACGAUUUCGGUUGAGCGUGGCUUUAAGGCCGCGCUGAACGAGAUCAUCGUCCUCUUCGUGACCGGUGGUCCGCUGUACUUCCUGUUCCACAUUGGCACGAAAUGGUUCUACUUUGGACAGACGAUUCUUGCUGGUGGUGCCAAGUACCGUGCGACGGGCCGUGGUUUCGUGACGAAGCACUCGUCAUUCGACGAGCUCUACCGCUUCUACGCAAGCAGUCACUUAUAUGCUGCAGUGGAGAUCGCGAUUGGUCUUACGCUUUACUACAAGUUCACUGUCGGCUAUCAGUACUUCUCGAUGACAUGGUCACUGUGGCUUGUGUUCGUGUCUUGGUAUUGGUCGCCGUUCUGGUUCAACCCGCUGGCGUUCGAGUGGUCUGACGUGAUGGAGGAUUUCCGGUUGUGGUUCAAGUGGAUGCGUGGUGAUGGUGGUAACCCAGAUCAAUCGUGGGAGGCUUGGUUCAAGGAGGAGAAUGCGUACUUCUCGACUCUUCGCCCGUGGUCUAAGGCAUGCAUCACGACUAAGGGCGCGUUGUUCGCGUUGAUCGCUGUUUCUAUCUCUUCAACGAGCGACGAAUAUCACUCGAUCUUGACGGAAACCACAUGGCUCCCGCUGGUUAUCUGCUUAUCUAUGGCCGCGGUGUAUCUAAGUGCAGAGGCUGUCUUCUUUUCCUCGUCGCGUUCAGGUGAGAGUGGAGUUGUCCGCUUUCUGAAGCUCAUUUUGGUGAUCGUCCUGGGUGCUGGUCUUAUUUUCGCCUUCAUCUACGUGGACGGUAUGUGGCAGAUGCUGCUGAGCAUGGGAUAUCUCGCUGCGGCUGUCGGUUGCUGGGCGCUUGUGCUUCUUGGCAGCAAUUCGCGCCUUGUUGGUACCCUUUACUUUGUGCACGAUGCCGUACUGGGUCUGGUGUCGCUUAGUCUCAUCCUGCUGCUCUCGGCACUUUACGUUCCCGGCAAAAUCCAGACGUGGCUUCUGUACAAUAAUGCUCUAAGUCGUGGUGUGGUGAUCGAGGACAUUCUACGAGCGAACUCGAGCAAUGACGAACGCGACGAUGAUCUGUCGGUGCAGCAGAUGCGCUCGAUCAUCAUCGAGCAGCAGCGGUUUAUCAACGCUCUGACUGCUAGCGGCAGCGAGACUGACAUUCGCGCUGCUGGAAAGAAGGAUGAUCUCAUGCACGCUAUGAGUGAUAACACGCUCAACGCAGUACUGAGGAAUAUGUCAGAAUCGGAGCUGAGCGCGCUGCAAGACUCGUCCAUUCGCCUUCAGGCCAUCAUGUCGGAGGAGGAGCGCAAGGUCGCCCAACGCAAACAACAACAGGAAGAGCAGAGACUCGCCGAGGCUGGCAUGAACUCGUCCCUAUCGCGCACGCGUCGAGCCUUCUCCACGAGCGAUUUCUCCGCUAUUCCACUGAAUGCUAGCCCCUACAAUCUCCCCAACCAGGAUGGCACAGCUGCACCCAGCACUCGCACCACUAACGGUUCUGCUGCUCACGGACCUCAAGCUGGAGUAUAGGAGUAGAUACGCAAACUUUGUUAGAUGAAUACGUUGGUAGAGCGAGGAGCCCAUUGCGGCCAAUUUGCAUUUUGAUAAUGAACUACCUUCUGUUCAAACGUUUGGCAACACACAAUUCAAUUCCGG